CAUCGCGAAUUGCAAAGUUUUUCGUGGGCUGAAAAGUUCGAGGGUUUUUUUCUCUGGGCGAUUUUCGCAGUGAUUGAAAACAGCAAAGGGUGUGAUUGUGAGUGACAUGGCGUUCUUCAACGUUGGAGCACUGGGUGGAAAUCCGUUUUCCACCCAAGUCGGCCAGAGAAUCGAACAAGCGACAGAUUCGAGUUUGGCAUCGGAGAAUUGGGCUCUGAACAUGGAAAUUUGCGACAUGAUCAAUGAAUCCAGUGACGCUGCGCGCGAUGCCAUGAAAGCCAUCCGGAAGCGGCUGCAGCAGAAUGCCGGGAAGAACUACACGGUGAUCAUGUACACGUUGACCGUGCUGGAGACGUGCGUGAAGAACUGCGGGAAGGCUUUUCACGUGCUGGUGGCGAACAAGGAGUUCAUUCAGGAGCUGGUGAAGCUGAUCGGGCCGAAGAACGAUCCGCCGGCGGUGGUGCAGGAAAAGGUGCUGAAUCUCAUUCAGAUUUGGGCAGAGACUUUCCGCGCGCAGCCAGACCUCAACGGCGUGGUGCAGGUGUAUCAGGAGCUGAAGAACAAGGGCAUUGAGUUCCCGAUGGCCGACAUGGAUGCCAUGGCGCCAAUCUACACGCCGCAGAGAAGUGUUCCUGAUGGAGUGUCACAAGCUGUGAAUGUGACGAAUUCGCCGCAGCACGCGACUGUGGCCGUGGCAGGAAGUGGCAAUAUGAUGACCACUCCGAUGUCACUGUCGCCGGAACAGGUGUCGAAGCUGCAGUCGGAAUUGGACAUUGUGACGGUGAACAUGUCGAUUCUGGGUGAGAUGCUGACGGAACUGAAGCCCGGCCAGGAGGAUCCGUCCGACUACAAAUUGCUCACAGACUUGGCGCACACUUGUCGCGAGAUGCAGGGCCGGAUUGUGGAGCUGAUCGGGAAGGUGAAUCACGAUGAGAUCACCGCCGAGUUGCUGCGCAUCAAUGAUGAGCUGAACAAUCUCUUCCUGCGGUAUUCGCGCUUCGAGAAGAACCGUGACUCAAAGGCGGCCGCCACGCCGUCAGCCAUUCUGGGAGCGGCCAUGGGCGUGCCGGCGGACGGCGCGGCGGCCGCCAAGGACUCGCUGAUCGACCUGAGCGACGAGGCGGCCGGCGGACUGUCGCGCGAUCUGUCGCUGAUGGGCAUGGGCGAGACGAAGGUGUCGCAGAUCAGCAGUGUGUCGGCGCAGUCCGGCAGUGUGGCGCAGCCGAAGGACGUGGAUGAGUUCGACAUGCUGGCACAGUCGCGCAAUGUGAGCGAUCAGGCGAAGGGAACGCCACAGAAGGACGUCGUGAGCACCAAAGGACCACAAGAGUUGAAUGCCAGAGAAUCAGAAUUUGACGAAAUGGCAGCAUGGUUAGAACACAAUCCCACCGCGGCGGACAGCAAGCCCAGAAUGACGAGUAAAGAGUUCGAUCGCUUCUUGGCGGAGCGAGUUGCCGCCGCGGAGAAUCUGCCCAGCAUUCCUAGCCAGACAGGAUCCGUUGGUGCCGCCGCGGCGGCGUCGACGAACGGUUCCUCGUCGAAUCCCAGCGCGGCGCCGCGACACAAUAAAUCCCGCAAAGAUGAGGAUGGCUUGAUUGCACUUUGAGGUGAUGAAGAGGACUGAAGAUGAGUCGGCAGAGCGAGAGACAAAGUGCUUGAAUUUGUAUAGAAGACAACGCUGAGGAGACAUGAAAACAUACCUUAAUACUUUAGUGAAGGGAGAGAACGUUUUUUUCCAAUAGGAAAUCACUGCAGUUUAAUCACUGUGAAAGUGCAUAAAAAAAAAAUCACUGAUAACAUAGGAGAGGAAAAAAGGAGAAAAUUCCAAUGAUUUUUCUUAAUAAAUAGUGCAAAGGUAAAAUUCUCAGUUAAUCACACAUGCUAAAAACAAUCCAGUAACGACAGAGAAGAGAAAAUUUAAUAAUAAUUUGUGAAGACGAAAUUUGAUGUAAAGAAAGAGAGAAUACUAAAAAAAAAUAAAAAUAA